AGCAAGACGGGCGAGUGAAUACUUGGGCGCCUGAGCCGGCUACACUGUGGACUAUGGGCUACAUUAAACUCCUAUACGAAGGCAGGCGCUGUGCUGUGGUGCAAAACCUUGUAUGUGAUGUGAUGUUAUGUGCUAUGUGACAACAGGAUAGUCACUAUUCGUACAGGCGGUACUUCCUGUCGCAACUCGCAAUGCCGUCGGUAUGUGGUGUUCGCGGGUGCAUGAACAGUGGACGGAAUGCCCACGGAUAUCGUCGGCAUACGGUCCCGUGGAAAGAACCAGCACGGACUGCAUGGCUAGAACUGAUAGGACGUGAUGAAGUCCUGCCGAGAACUGAAAUUGCCGUCUGUGGUUUACACUUUCGGUCGGACGACUACGAACUCAACAUGUCACUCGCUGAAGCCUCGGGAGUCGGGAAAUUCAAACCUAGACUGAGAGCAGGAGUAAAGCCGUCCUUGAACCUGCCUGGUCGGCACGCCGCGUCAGAAAAUGUGGGGAUGGCGUACACGUGCCCUGGGGUGAACCCCGAGUCGGUACUCUGUGUGUACACGCCCACCACUACAAAAUGGUUUGUCCCGCUGGUUUCGCAUCCUGCCACCAGGCUCGAGAAUCCUGUCACAGGCCACGGCUCGCAUGGCAUGAAGUGUGGAGCCGGCGUACCUUCGGCUCAAGAAAAAGGGAUGCAGUGCUCUCUCCGAAAACAGUCGAAGUGGACCCAAACAACAGUUCCGCAAACAAGGAGAGCCGGCACACAAGCAAAUCAUAACGUUGUACCUUUACGAACAUCAUCGACUCAAACGGGUGAAGAUUUCUGAGAAUCUGGGUUCAUCACAGCAUUCGGGCAUCUAACAUGGGGACCAUUAUGUUGCUCUACACCACUUGUGGAUGUGACAGAGAGCAGUAUUGAUGACAUUGACAAUCCAGCAGACACCAGCUAUGUACCGCAACAUGACAGCCUUCUUGGGUAAACGCCAAAAUGCUAAUGCAGCUGCAUUUGUAUUUCACUGCUACAUUGGAGGCUCGUAAUUUCAGUUUUCUUUUGUUCAGCUUGAGGACGUCGGCAUGCAUGGCCUGGAAGAGCACAUCUGAAGCCGGACUAUAUUGUAAAGUGCGCUUCCAGCACAAAAUCACCACAAAGGCUGCACACAACACUGAAAGCAACACUGGGUUCCACGUCACCUGGCAAUUCUCAGCAUUGCUUCGUUCAUCCUGCUCGUGUCUUUGAAAAAAAAAAAGAAACUUUUUCUAAGCAUUGAAAUCAACAUCAUAAUGCAUCAAUAAUCAAUAUAUUGCAUAAGUGGUUCAGGCAACAGAUCUCACCAUAAAACGGGAAUGGUGACUACCUCGGGGCAUAGUGCAAGGACGACACCUUUCGCAUCUAACCUCAUCAACAGCUACAGAACUCUAUGUCAUUCUGUUCUUUCUGCAAUGCAUCGUUGGUUUUAGCCAGCGAGAAUGGACAGUGUCCACCGACUCAAAAUCUGCACUGCAAUCUAUUGAGAACACAGACACACGAGACUUGUCAGCACCCUGGUGAUGGGCGUGUCAGUGGAUUACACCAGCACGCCUAUGAAGCAGGACACAGGCAAGCUCUCCAGUGGGUUCUAGCCCAUUGUGGUGUGGUGGGGAAUGAAGAGGCUGACAGUGCCUCAGAGGCAGCUCUCUCAUGUAAGAGGCGGAUGACCAACGGCUCGUCGGUGGUAGCCAAGGUCCUGCUGAAGACUGGUGGGUUCGACUCAUACCACCGGCCGUGUGGUCUGAGGUUUUCCCUUGGUCUUCCGAAGACUUUCCAGACGAAUGUCUGCACAGUUCCCCCUGAAGUUGGCCCAGGACGCAUACAAACCCCCGUCCCCCACUUCGCGGCGCUAAUAUUGAAUUUAAAAAAAAUAUAGGCGGAUGAGUACUGCACUGCUGAGAGGAGACUGUAGUUCCGUCUUUCGACGACUAGCGGCACCUUGGUUAUCCGCCAGUGGACAACUGACACUCUCCCCUCAAUCUAUGCUUUGCCAGAGUUUAUCCUACGCUCCCUUUCCGGAUGCCACGAAACAACUCUCGUCAAGACGCUGCAUUAAUGCUGCGGAUGAGACUCAACGUGGCUCUUACAGCUGAGUGGCGUUUCCGCUUACGACAGUUUGACUCUGCGGUCUGGAAGAUCUAGCGCACGCUCUUUUCCGUUGUUCGCACUACCACCUUUUUAGAACCACACUUUCAGUGUCACUAAAUCGGCGGGACUCUCGCCCUCUCACUCACCCUCUGCCCUAAACGCACAUCUAAACCUUUUUUUUUUUGUAACACCGCGGGACUUUGGUGCCCACUGUGAGGUGACUGAUCAUAAUCAGCUUCGUCAUGCCUGUGGUUGAAGACAGUGGAAUGCUGUUGUGAAUUUGGUACACAUCUUGUCCUAGCAACGCGUCCUUGUCAGUUUUCGCGGAGCGCACAAUAAUAUUGAAAGUGUUUAUCAGGUACAACACGCACUGCCGUAGCCCCUGGACCUCCACGUGAUGUGAUGUGGUGUUUUGCCUUAGGAUGUCCUGCCCACAUGCGACCAUCCUUUCUCGUGGAACCUUGUGUCUACAAACAGUUGUCCCUAUUGUAGUCGUGCCAAGACAAACAACCAAGUGCUCUAUGAGUGUCAUACGGUCAAGGAUCUUCUGGGGUCUUGUUCGCCAUCACACAAAACGUCGUUUGUCCUGUGUCAUUAAAAUGUUGUCGUCCGUCUCCCA